UCCUGUAUCAGAGAGGCUACAUCAAGCUCCACCCUAUCCAUCCCGUACAACUCAAUAUAUUUUAUAUAUUAUUACCAUCAUGUCAUCGAUUCCAACAUCUUACGUUGUAGAUGGCGAAAAUAGGUUUACCAACCAUACCAUUGCAUGCAUAUUGUCAAAGACACCAGGUCGUAGAGCAACUUCUGACGUCACGCCAGGAUGUACGAAUGUUAUCUCAUACACUGAUGCACGCAUUGGCGCAUGCAUACAACCUCGAAAAAUGCGUCGUAGAGGACGCACCUCAUAUACAGAAUCUCAAGUCGAAGCCUUGGAAUGCGUGUUUGCUGUGAAUAAGUAUCCCGAUAUAAAUGAAAGAGAAGCAUUGGCUGACAUCAUCGGCAUACAAGAAGCUAGAGUACAGGUGUGGUUUCAAAACAGAAGAGCGCGACUUAGAAAGGAAAAGAACAAUAGACCAACUGCUGCAAAGGGUGUAACCCAUGUCAUGUUGACCAAGAACAGCAAGAAAACCUCGUCGAAAGAGAGCAAUAAAUCAUCACCGUCAGCUACUCGUUUACCGCCAACAACAACAGUUAUCUCGCCGAGUUGUAUCACAGAUAUUAAGCCACCAACCAGUUCUUCAUCACGUUCGUCGGCGAUAGGUGAUUCACCUUUUAAAUCCAACAUUAAUUUCCCGAAACCGCCAGUUGUUGAGGCAUAUCGAAUGUUCAACUACAACAGAUAUCUGCCGCCGUUUUACGGCAGUGCGGCUCUGGCCAGUCAACCGCAUCUUUGCUAUACUGUCGAAAUAUGCAAGUAA